UGAGCUCAAAAGGAAAAGACAACGUUAUCAAUUACUACCAUAACGACACCACCCACCAUUAUCGUUACACAACCAUGUUCCCAUGGAUGAUCAUUGGCUUUGCCACCAUCACAUUCCUCAUCUUCAUACACCGUGUCGUGAAGUUCUCAACACGUCCCUCACUCCCACUCCCUCCGGGCCCAAAACCAUGGCCCAUAAUAGGAAACUUUCCCCAUAUGGGCCCCGUGCCGCACCACUCCCUCGCAGCCUUGGCCCGAGCCCACGGCCCGCUCAUGCACCUCAAAUUGGGCUUUGUGGACGUCGUGGUGGCGGCGUCGGCCGCCGUGGCAGAACAGUUUUUGAAGGUUCAUGAUGCAAAUUUUAGUAGCCGGCCGCCCAACGCCGGAGCUAAGUACAUAGCUUAUAACUAUCAGGAUCUUGUGUUUGCUCCGUACGGUGCACGGUGGCGAUAUCUCCGGAAAAUCACCAACCUCCACCUCUUCUCCGGCAAGGCCUUGGAUAAUUUCAAACACUUGCGUCAGGAAGAGGUAUCAAGAUUGACACGGAACAUAUCAAAAUCCAACUCAAAAGUUGUCAACUUGGGACAACUACUUAAUGUAUGCACUACCAAUGCAUUAUCCAGGGUAAUGAUCGGAAGGAGAGUGUUCAACGACGGUGACGGUGGGUGUGAUCCUAGAGCUGAUGAGUUUAAGGCCAUGGUGGUGGAGUUAAUGGUGUUAGCGGGUGUUUUCAACAUAGGUGACUUUAUUCCUUCUUUGGAGUGGCUAGACCUUCAAGGAGUGCAAGCUAAGAUGAAGAAAUUGCACAAUAGGUUUGACGAAUUUUUAACCAGCAUUAUUGAGGAACACAAUACUUCUUCCAAGAGUGAGAAUCAUAAGGAUUUGUUGAGUACGUUGUUGUCGCUUAAAGAUGUUCCUGAUGAUGAUGGAAACAAACUCAAUGAUAUUGAGAUCAAAGCACUGCUUCUGAACAUGUUCACAGCUGGGACUGACACGUCAGCUAGCACAACAGAAUGGGUCAUUGCAGAACUGAUCCGUAGCCCAAGAAUUCUAGCCCAGGUCCAACAAGAAUUGGACACAGUCGUGGGCCGAGAAAGAAACGUGAGAGAAGAUGACUUGCCUCAUCUCCCAUACUUGCAAGCAGUAGUGAAAGAAACCUUCCGUCUUCACCCAUCAACCCCUCUUUCACUGCCACGUGUCGCAUCUGAGAGCUGUGAGGUACUGGGUUACCACAUACCAAAGGGGUCCACUCUCUUGGUGAACGUGUGGGCCAUAGCCCGUGACCCUAAAGAAUGGGCUGAGCCAUUGGAGUUCAAGCCCGAAAGGUUCCUAGAGGGUGAUAAGGUUGAUGUUGAUGUUAAGGGCAAUGACUUUAAGGUGAUACCCUUUGGUGCUGGACGUAGGAUAUGUGCUGGGAUGAGCCUUGGGCUUCGUAUGGUUCAGCUGUUAACUGCAACUCUGGUCCAUUCGUUUAACUGGGAGCUAGAAAAUGGGCUUAACCAUGAAAAGCUCAACAUGGAUGAAGCUUAUGGGCUAACAUUGCAACGGGCUGUGCCUUUGUCAGUGUACUCUAGGCCCAGGCUCUCGCCACAUGUGUAUGCAGCCUCUCAUUGAUUUUGAAGUUAAGCUAGUAUUUAGAAAGAUCCCUUUCUGAGACCAAAAAAGAAAGAAAGAUCCCUUUCUUCCUAUUAUUGAUGGUGAUCUUCCUAUAAAUAAUAAUAAGAAGGAAAGAUGAUGUUGUAGUGUACCAGUUUGUGAAGAUCCGGAAAGGGGAAAUGUGGUGUAUUUCAAACUUAGGAGUGUAUAAAAUCUAUUGAGUGUGGAACCAUUGCAUUUGUUUAAAAUUAUGGGCGUUUAUUUUUCAA